AUGCGAGUAGUUUAUACGCUGUUAUUACUGCAGAUAUCUGCACGGUUUACCGAAAUCCAAACAUGUUGUGGAAGUGAUGAAACUACAACGAGAAGACCACGGCGAUUGGGAAGAGCUACGGCUCCACCCCCAGAGUUUAAACCUCCAGAGAAAAAACACGUGAAAAAGAACGUGGCUAAAGGAGAGAGUCGUGUGAAUUUUGUACUUUACAAUGCAGGAAUCAAAUAUAAGCAACGAGACCAUUCGAAGAACAGAGCGUCACAUAUGAAAGCGAGAUUUAACUGUGUGUUGUUCGUGGCUCAUAAUAACAAAUGUUAUGGAUUUGGCCCGCCUGAACCGGUACCUGAAGAGAGUAAAUCGGAGUCGUCUGAAUCCCCACAAAAACCCGCAAAACCAGACAAGUGCGACCCGUAUAAACCCGCAAAAAAGCAAUCCAAGAGUUGCAGAAGAAUGCUAAUUAUGGAACAUGUGAAGUCUCUACCACGAGUAGCAUAUUCCUUGGUCUCUAUUAAUUACUAGCACUCCUGUGU